AUGUCCUUUGUACUGGCAAUUCUAUCUGAAGAAGAACGAGUUGAUAGCGACCCGGACUGUAUGCGUCAGGAUGAGGUAUUAUACCGCAUCGCAGACAAGGUCAAGAACUUUGCAGUCAUAUAUUUAUGCGAUAAUGAACAAGUUCCAGACUUCAAUGUCAUGUACGAAUUGUAUGAUCCAAUGACCAUCAUGUUCUUCUUCCGCAACAAAUUGAUUAUGGUGGAUCUGGGAUCCGGUAACAACAACAAGCUCAACUUUGUCCUAGAGGACAAACAAGAACUCAUCGAUAUCAUUGAGACUGUCUACCGUGGCGCUAAGAAAGGUCGUGGUCUCGUCGUGAGCCCCAAGGACUACUCUACACGCUACCGUUACUAG